ACCAAGUGCAGCAGCUGCCUGAAGGCCAUCGGGCCCUCGGAGCUCAUCAUGCGGGUGCUGGAGAAUGUCUACCACGUGCAGUGCUUCUCGUGCUGCGAGUGCGAGCGGCGGCUGCAGCGCGGGGACGAGUUCGUGCUCAAGGAGGGGCAGCUGCUCUGCCGCUCCGACUACGAGAAGGAGAGGGAGAUGCUCAGCGCCAUCAGCCCCGCGCCCACCGAGUCCGUGAAAAGCGAGGACGAGGACGGCGCCCACUCCCACGGCAAAGGCGGCGACGACGGCAAAGACCACAAGCGCUCCAAGCGGCCGCGCACCAUCCUGACCACCCAACAGCGCCGCGCCUUCAAGGCCUCCUUCGAGGUGUCCUCCAAGCCCUGCAGAAAGGUGAGGGAGACGCUGGCGGCGGAGACGGGAUUGACCGUGCGGGUGGUCCAGGUGUGGUUCCAGAACCAACGGGCCAAGAUGAAGAAAAUCGCCCGGAGGCAGCAGCAGCAGCAGCAGCAGCAGGAGCAGGAGCAGCUUGGGAAUGCCCGGCUGGGAAGCGGGAGAGGGACCGGGAGGAGCAGCCGGCAGAGCAACGACGACAGUGAAGACGCCGCGAGCGUUCCCGGCCUCGAGGGGCUCCUGGCGCCAUAUUCCCGCCUCCCGCCGCAGCCGCUCCUGCCCCUGGAGCACAACGGGCUGAGCCCGGAGCUCUUCCGGCCGGGAAUGACCCCCCCACAGCUCCCCCCGGAACACCUGCACCCCUACGACUCGGAGGGCGUUUUCCACGACCUGGACAGCGACAGCCUGGGCCCCCUGGGCGACUGCCUCCUGUCCGGGGCCGAUCCCAGCCUGCUGCAGGCCCGGCUCGGGAAUCCCAUCGACCGCCUGUAUUCCAUGCAGAGCUCCUACUUCACCUCCUGACCCCGGAAAAGCCCUUCCCAGGAACCUCGGGAAUGCUGCUCCCGCCGCCGAGCCGGGCGGGGGGACGGGGCGGGACUGAGACCCUCGGGAUUGUUCUCCCCGGAGGAGCCGACGGAUGGAUCUGACCUCUCCCGGCGUUUCCCACCGGGAUGGGCGUUCCCGGCUGGAAUCUGGUGGGAAUUUCCCCGUUGUUUUCUAUCCCGAGUGGGAAUUUUCCGGCGUUUUCUCUCGGGUGAGGGAAUUUCUGGCCGGAAUCUGUCGGGACUGGGAAUUCCGGGCUGGACUCCUGAGUGAAUCCUCCGGCAUUUUCCAUUGGGACCAGGAAUUUCCAGCCAAAAUCCAUCAAUAUUUGGGAUUUCCCCUCAUUUUCUAUCAGGACCGGGAAUUUCAGGCUGGAAUCCGUCAGCAUGGGGAAUUUGGGGGCGGAAUCCGCUGAUAUUUGGGAUUUUGAGGCUGAAUCCCUCGGGAUCCCCCCCUGGUGCCCAUCCCAGGCCGUCUCCCCGUAUUCCCAGCACAACUCCAAGCCCUAAUCCAGCUGGAAAAGCUCUGGAUCUCCUCCCUCCCGGGUUCUGUCCAUUAUUCCAUCACUGGGAUGGUGUUUUUAGCCCAGUUUUUUUCGGGAAUGACCUGGGAUCUCCCCAGAACGACUCCAUUGUUGGAAUUCCCAGAGUUUUCCCAGGAGCUGUUCCAGCCGAAGGAAUAAAAUCCUCCUGGAUGAAAACCUCCCCCAGCUCUCCGACCGUUCCAAGGAGGAAAUAUUCCCGGAACGGAAUUCCCAGGACUGUUCCAAGAAAGGGAAUAACGACUUACUUUGGGAUCUGCGGAGUCGGGAAUCGGGCGGGACAAUCCCGAGGAUUUGGCCGACGGAUUCCUGGACGUGCUUUUGUCCCUGAGCCUCCACACGCUGAUUUUUCCAGGUGGGAAUCUCCCGGAGGAACCGAAAACCGGGGAAAAGGCGGAUUUUUUGUCGGAGGGAAAUUCCCUGGAACUAAAAAUUCCUCGUGUUGGCAGUGCCGGGAUUAUCCCGGACUUCUGGGAUCCGCCUCUUCCCAUCCAUGGACAACACUCCCAGACAGCUGGACACUGGUUUUUUGGGAGGGAAGGGGGGAGAUUUUUCCCAAACCCCCAGAUAUUUAUGGCACAUUUUUGCCUGGAAAGGCGAGUUUGGGAUGGAAUCGGGAGAGUUCCCACCAUCCCAAAUCCCGGAAUUCACCUCCUCCAUCCGUGUGUUCCCUUUGGAGGCUCCUGCCCUCGGGACAGACUCGGUUUAGGUGGAAUUCCAGGAGAAUCCGUGGUGAAAUUGUGGAAAUUUGAUGUUUCCCCCCCCCAGAUCCCACUCCCCGAAUCCCUCCGGAUGCUCCCCGUGAUCCCGUGCCGGUGUUUUGGGAAUUCUCUUUUGCAUGUACGUUGGAAAAUAAACCCCCCCACGCCCC